AGUUGGAAGUUGUGAUAAAAGAGAACGAAACAACAAAAAUAAAUGACAAGGGAACCAUGAGGCGCGCGAAUGAAAGAGAGAAGAGGCGAGGUCACAACGGAGUGAGUGCGAGAGAGAUGAACGUGCGUACCGCGCGGCGUAAAAGUGUCGGAAAGGGUUUGCCAACUUAA